UUUCAUUUUGAGUUGCCUUUGAGCUCUUUAACUUCUGGAUUGACUCUGCAAAUAUCUUUGGUUGUUUGGUGUUUGGAUUGUUGAUUUGUUGGGCAUAUUUGUAUGGUGGAGGGUUGAGAGUUACCAAUGGGGCUAGAAGGUUGAACUGUUGCUGCAAUUUUUGGAGGUAUCGUGUUGCUGUUUGUUAGAGACAUUAUGCCAGCUGUUAAGAAAAACAAGGAUCGAGAGUCAAGUGCAGACAAGUAUGAUCCCUCACUUUGGACAAGUGUUGCUGUGACUAUGGGUCACACUUCAAAUCGUAUUCCUGAUCAGAUGGACAAUAUCAUUGCUAUCAGAGAAUAUGAUGUGCCAUAUCAUGUGAGGGUUGCCAUUGAUCUAAAGAUUCAUGUGGGAUAUUGGUAUAGAGUGCAGGGAAAUGGCACCAAUCCACCAGUUAUUGAACAACUAGAAGAUCCUGACAGACCUGAGCCUGUUGUACUGGCAUUUGAUAUUGAAACAACAAAGUCACCUCUGAAAUUUCCAGAUUCUGCUACAGACUCUAUCAUGAUGAUAUCCUACAUGAUUGAUGGCCAAGGAUAUCUAAUCACAAAUCGUGAAAUCAUUGCGGAGGACGUUGAGGACUUUGAGUACACACCUAAACCUGAAUAUGAAGGACCAUUUGUUGUUUUCAAUGAGGAAGAUGAGUUCCAUCUUCUUCGACGGUUUUUUGAUCAUGUUGUAGAGGUGAAACCAACCAUUAUCUCGACUUUUAAUGGAGACGCAUUUGACUGGCCUUUUGUGGAAGCAAGAGCUGCUUAUCACAAUCUGGACAUGUUUGAUGAAAUAGGCUUUGCUAAAGACACACAGAAUGAAUACAAAAGUCGCCAUUGUAUCCAUAUGGAUGCCUACCGUUGGGUGAAACGUGACAGUUAUCUUCCAGUUGGCAGUCAAAACCUGAAAGCAACGACAAAAGCAAAACUUCGUUAUGAUCCAAUUGAACUUGAUCCUGAAGAUAUGUGUCGCAUGGCUGCUGAAGAUCCUCUUGGUUUGGCCAACUAUUCAGUAUCCGAUGCUGUGGCAACGUACUAUUUGUAUAUGAAGUAUGUUCAUCCGUUUAUCUUUUCGUUGUGUAACAUUAUUCCAAUGGAACCGGAUGAAGUGCUGAGGAAGGGAUCGGGGACGUUGUGUGAGACAUUGCUCAUGGUGCAAGCAUUUCAUGGAAACAUUAUUUUUCCAAACAAGCAAGAGAUGAUCUACAACAAGCUUACAGAUGAUGGCCACUUACUUGAUUUAGAGACAUAUGUAGGAGGUCAUGUUGAAGCCUUAGAAGCAGGAGUAUUUAGAGCGGAUCUUCCAUGUCGAUUCAGAAUGAUUCCAGAAGCAUUUCAGAAACUUAUUGAUAAAGUCGAAGUGACAAUCAAGCACACACUAGAGAAAGAAGAAAACAUACCAGUUGAGGAAGCACUCAACUUUGAUGAAGUUUGUGAUGACAUUAAAGCUCAACUGAAGGCUUUGAAAGAUCAACCCAAUCGUAUUGAAAAGCCACUCAUUUAUCAUCUAGAUGUUGGUGCAAUGUAUCCAAACAUUAUUCUUACUAACCGAUUGCAACCACCGUCUAUGGUUGAUGAGGUAACAUGUGCGGCUUGUGAUUUCAAUAAGCCUGGUGCUGUGUGUCAGCGAAAGAUGAAAUGGAAAUGGAGAGGAGAUUUUUUACCAGCUAGUCGGAAUGAAUACUACACAAUAAAACAGCAGUUGGAAGUGGAGACGUUUCCUGGAGAGAGGCCGACUGAUCCAGUUAGAGUGUUUCAUGAGCUUCAACCGUUCGAGCAAGCUGCCAAGGAGAAGAAAAGAUUGGCAGAUUAUUGUAGAAAGGCAUAUCGUAAGGUGCGAAUGACUCGUGAAGAAGAUCGAGAGAGCACCGUUUGCCAGAGAGAAAACUCAUUCUAUGUUGACACUGUCAGAGCAUUUCGUGAUCGACGGUAUGAGUAUAAAGGGCUAUUGAAGAUUUGGAAGCGGAAAGUAGAGGAAGCAAGAAAGAAAGAAGACCCAGCGGACAUCAAAGUUGCUCAGAGCAAAGAAAUCUUGUAUGAUUCUCUUCAACUAGCGCACAAGUGUAUUCUUAACUCAUUCUAUGGCUACGUGAUGAGAAAGGGUGCUCGUUGGUAUUCAAUGGAAAUGGCUGGAAUAGUUUGUGCUACUGGUGCUAGUAUCAUAACUCGGGCAAGAGAGAUCAUUGAGCAGAUUGGAAGACCACUAGAACUAGACACAGAUGGGAUCUGGUGUUGCCUUCCAUCAAGUUUUCCAGAAAAUUUCGAAAUCUUUACGUCAAACCCCAAGAAGAAGAGAGUUGUCAUCAGUUACCCAGGGGCCAUGUUGAACAUCAUGGUCCAAAAUCAUUACACUAACGAUCAGUAUCACGAACUUCUUGACCCUGACAAUCUCAUUUAUGACUUACGCAGUGAGAAUUCCAUAUUUUUUGAGGUUGAUGGGCCGUAUCUGGCAAUGGUAUUGCCAGCAUCUAAAGAAGAAGGAAAGAGAUUGAAGAAGAGAUAUGCUGUGUUCAACUUAGAUGGAUCAUUAGCAGAGCUGAAGGGUUUUGAAGUCAAACGACGCGGCGAGCUGCAACUUGUGAAGAAUUUCCAGUCGUCUGUGUUUGAUGCUUUCCUUCGAGGUUCAACAUUGGAGGAGUGUUACCAAUCAGCUGCCCAAGUAGCUGAUUAUUGGCUUGAUGUCCUCUUCAGUAAAGCUGAGAAUCUUCCAGAUCAGGAGCUAUUUGCUCUAAUAUCUGAAAAUAGAAGCAUGAGUCGAGCUCUUGAGGAUUAUGGUGAUCAGAAAUCAACAUCUAUUAGCACAGCAAAGAGAUUAGCUGAGUUUCUUGGUGAUCAAAUGGUAAAAGACAAAGGGCUCAGCUGUCGCUAUAUCAUUGCCAACAAGCCAGAUGGAGCUGCUGUUACAGAGCGAGCAGUGCCUUUAGCGAUCUUUCAAUGUGAACCAAGUGUGAAGAGGCACUUUUUGAGACGGUGGUUGAAGAGUACUGCAGCUGCUGAGGGAGAUAUCAGGGAUAUACUAGACUGGCAGUACUAUAUUGAACGACUCAGCAGUGCUGUGCAGAAAAUAGUGACAAUACCGGCAGCUAUGCAACAGGUAUCCAAUCCAGUUCCUAGAGUUCGUCAUCCCGAUUGGCUGCACAAGAAGAUGUUAGAAAAGAAUGAUGUUUGCAAGCAGCAGAGAAUAAACAGAAUGUUUUCUGUUGCUUCUAAACCACAGGAUGAAGAAAAUUACAUCCCAGAUAUGGAAGACAUAGGCACGUCUACUGCAGCUGCUCGUAGACCCACUGCUCAUCAUCACAACAGAAGUGCGAACGAAACUACUAAUGACAAACGCGCUACAGGAUCUGCAAGCCAGCAGACAGACUCUCAGUCUCAAUCAUGGAGAGAGGUACUUGGUGAUCCACCAGCAUUGGGUACAACAAAGGAGGAGAGAAUUACUUGGUUGGAGUAUCACAAGAAGAAAUGGAAAUUGCAGGCUCAAGCUCGUAUUGAGCGUAAACGAUCACUCGAUGCAGAUGACAGAGGCACUAGUCUCCAACGAAGAAGGCUAACCGACCCUGGACAACUGUCAACAUUUUUCAGAAAGAAGGCAUUGUCACUGGUAGAUACUCCAUGGCAAGUCAUUCAGAUUGCUGAGACAAAUCAGCCGGGACUCUUCAAAUUGUGGGCAUUGGUAGGUAGUGAUCUUCACUGUAUGAGGCUGCAUGUUCCUCGUUUGCUAUACAUCAACUCGAAAACUGGACGCAAUGGACCUAGUUGGAGGCACGUGUCGAGAUCACUUCCUCGUUCUAGUCCGGUCUUCCAUCUGUAUGAGUAUUCCAUGCCCGAAGAACUGUGGCAAGAACAUCAAGGGGAAUUGGCGGCCGAGUUGUCAUCGCCAAAUAUUGAAGGGGUUUACGAGACCCAGGUACCAUUGCAAUUUCGAGCGUUAGUAAAGCUGGGAUGUGUAUGCCGUGUGAGCAGACAAGAUGCCAAACUUUUGGCCGGUCGAGAAACAAAUACGUUUGACGUCAACCAAUUGGAUUUCAAGACACUUGCAGAGUGUUCACACUAUCUGGAGGACGGAGCGAUAAAGCACAUCUAUUUUUACCACAGCUGCUUAGAUCAAAGAGCAAUGUUGGGUGUGUUCAUUCCACACCUGAAAAAGGCUUCUGUUUUUGUCGUGGCUCCUGCAAGAAGCAACCAGAUGCCAAACAUGAACAAUUUGUAUCAAGCUGAGAGAGCAGCAAAUUUGCAGAGAUGUGAACAAGAAGGUGUGCCUCCUGUUGUACCACCCCAUGGCCAUACAUUUGAUGUCCGCAUUGAUACUAACUACAGGCAGGCUUUUUGGUCUAUCCAGCGUCUGUUGACUGAAUAUCAACAGAGCAAACGAGGUCCAACAGUGAUCUUGGUUCAGUCAUCAUGGGAUAUUCAUCAGUUGAUGGCUUCGUUGAAGUUGCUGGAAGAGUUUCCUCUAGCUCCUAUCCCUAGCAGCGACGUGGACGAUCAGUAUCCAUUGCUUGACUGGCAGCGAUAUGCAGCCAGAAGGAUGGUACAGCAUUACCUCAAUUCGGAGGCUUGGUUAGCGGCUCAGUUGGAGCAUGCUCGUUAUGCUCACAUUCCCAUUGGCAAUUUCUCAUCGGAUCCAGCUCUGCUAGUCGCUGACGUUUUCUUUGCUCGCCACCUGCUGAAACAGAACCAUGUCAUGUGGACCUCUCCCACAGAGCGCCCUGACCUUGGAGGCAAAGAGGACGACGACUACAGACUGAUGACUAGUUUAGAAGACGGAAGUGGGUGCGAGGUGAAUCAGCCUGGAUCUUAUGCAACCGUCUGUAUUGAGCUCCAAAUAGAGAGUUUGGCAGUCAAUGCCGUCCUACAAUCAAGUAGAGUCAACGAGUACGAAGGUGGUUCAGGAUCAAGCAUCAGUUUUGAUCACGUUCCUCAAGCAUCUCUGGAAGAUAUGAUGAGUGGAGGCACAUCUGCAAGUACAAUGUCUGCUUUCGAUGAGACAGCUCUUUGCUCGGGAGCGUUUCGUAUUCUGAGAAACUUGGUGUUCAGUUGGCUUCGCGAGGUGUCACAUUAUCAGAAUAGACUGGCUGAUCUUCAGCUUAUCCACUUCUAUAGGUGGCUUCGAUCUCCUUCGUCUCUUCUUCAUGAUCCCGCACUGUGCAAAGUUGUUCAGAGCUUGAUGAAGAAACUCUUCAUUCAGCUGAUUGCCGAGUUCAGACGACUAGGCUCUACAAUAGUGUUUGCCAAUUUCAAUCGAAUUAUCAUUUGCACUAAGAAGAAACGACUUGAGGAUGCUUUUGCAUACCUUCUGUUCAUUUUGGAAAGUAUCCAUCAGAAGGAGCUAUUCCACAGUGUUGAGAUUGAACCCAAGUCGUGUUGGGAACAUCUCACUUGGAUGGACCAACAUAACUAUGGUGGAAUAAUCGGUCAAAUGCCAGAUGCUGGGGCACUCUUUGGCGACGAUGAUGGAGAAGAAGAGAUGAGUGAAGAUCCCGAUGAUGGAACAAAAGACCACACACAGAGUGUCGUCAUGCAUUGGAACAUCUGUGAAUAUCUUCCCAUCGCAUGCCAGUCACCGUUCAAAGUUGUUAUCGGAGGGCACAUUUUAGCAAUGUACCAGAAUGCUGUUCAAGAACGACAGCUACAAGCACCAGGAAUGACACCAGUGAAAAAGAAGAGAUACUCAAGUCAAACUCAGCUUGACCCUGACACUACAGCCACGUUGAGUGCUGUCAAGUUUGCUCAGGAACGGAUAGAAGGAGAAGUCACUCAGUUUCUGUUCACGACAGUACAGAAGAUUCAACGGACCCUAACUGGAGAGAGAGGACAGUUUUCUGGUGCCAGUGGAGAGUUUCCUCAACUGGCUGGAUCUCAUCUGAAACUAGACAGUCCAGCACUGGAGUUCGUGAAGUGUGUUUGUAAGGUUUUGUCACUGGACUCUAACACACACAACCAAGUAACCAAGCUUCGGCGUAAUUUGAUGAAAAUGAUCAGCAUUGGCGAAUUCUCAGCCAGUGCCGUGUUUCAGAAUCCGUGCUUGUCAUUCGUACUGCCAGAUGUGAUAUGCACAUACUGCAACUCCUGCCGUGAUUUAGACUUGUGUCGAGACCAGCAUGUCUCGACAUCUGGAGAUGCCAGCAGUUGUUCGGUGUGGUUCUGUCCGACAUGUCAACAAGAGUACGACGGCGGUGUUAUCGAGCAUCUCCUUAUCGAUGCUGUUCAGCGCUGCUCAAUGGAAUACACUCUGCAAGACUUAAUCUGCACAAAAUGUCGACAGGUGAAACAGUCCAAUAUGGGUCUUUACUGUGAGUGUGCUGCCGGUCGAUUCACGGGAACUGUAUCUUGGUUGGAUUUUUCUGAGAAAAUGAAAACUUUCAGAAAUAUUGCACGACACCAUAACCUGCCCCUACUGAGUGAGACAGUGGAAUGGGUGUUGAGAAUGAACCCACAGUUUCAGUCGACUUGAAAUUCCUUUCUUGUAACUAGUGAAAUAUAGUUGUUGUUUUUAUUUCUACUAUUGACUUGAAUUGUUAUUGAAAAGUUGUCAAUCAUAAAUGCUAAAAGAGCUAAUGCAGUAAUUGAUCAAAAAAUGAAGAGGAAGGACAGACAACUCGCAGUGAGGUGCUGUCAAAAUCGGUGA